AUGAAUGCAGAAAAACUUGCCAAACUUCAAUCCCAAGUUCGAAUUGGUGGUAAAGGUACUCCCCGCCGUAAGGUUAAAAAGGUUUACAAAACUGCCACAAACGAUGACAAAAAACUCCAGUCUACACUCAAAAAACUUAAUGUUCAACCCAUUCAAAAUAUUGAAGAAGUAAACAUGUUUAAAGAAGAUGGAAAUGUCAUUCAUUUUACGGCACCAAAAGUUCAAGCAUCCGUUCAGGCAAAUACUUUUGCGAUUUAUGGUCAAGGGGAAGAAAAAGAACUUACCGAACUUGUACCGGGCAUUUUGAGUCAAUUAGGACCCGAUUCACUUGCAUCCCUUCGUAAAUUGGCUGAGUCUUAUCAACAACUUAAUCUCGCAUCUCAAAAUGUACAAACAGAAGCUAGUAAUGAUGAUGAUAUUCCAGAAUUAGUUGAAAAUUUUGAAGUCACAAGUGAAAAGAAAGAAGAGGAAGAAGGUACAACUGAUGAUGUACCUGCACUUGAAGAAGCACCUGUAUCCGAAGUAAAUAAAGUAGAUUAA